CUUUCCCCAGUGAGCAGUCUGCGGGAAGCAGAGGAAUUCAAAGCACUUGCUCUCCUGGAUGUGAGCACCUUGCUCACUGAUCACACCAGCUUGGAGUUAAGGAUGCUGCUGCCGUCAUCUGCCCCAUUGCUAGCCCUUUGGUUGGUGCCCGAAACGUCUUCCAUGAGGAAAUAAACGCAAGAGAUCUGGGAUCCGGUUUCCUGGCGUCGCGCCGACGAUGAAGGCCAAAAGCAAAGGUGUGAAACGUCGGCACGCGAUCCCCGAGGAAUCCUUGUGUCAAGAGCCAGCCCCCGGCGGGGAGGAACUCGGGAAAUGCUUGCGGCGCAAAGAGAAGAGGAACAAAGAGGGCCAGAAGAGCCCUUCCAGGCCUGCGAAAUUGCCUUGGGGAGGUAGCAAAGACAGGCGCUUGCGGAGGCUGGAGAGCAACGAGCGGGAGAGGCAGCGCAUGCACAAGCUCAAUGCCGCCUUCCAGGCCUUGCGAGAGGUCAUCCCCCAUGUGAGGGCGGAGAACAAGCUCUCCAAAAUCGAGACCCUCACCUUGGCCAAGAACUAUAUUAAGUCUCUCACCUCAACGAUCCUCCGGAUGUCCAAUGGGCACAUCCCGGCGGCCGAGGCCCCCGGUUCGGGGAGCAGAUCCAAACUGUACGAACACUAUCAGCAGCACUGCGGGGAAGACGACGAUCCUGCAGGGCAGCUGCAGAAGUACUCCACCCAGAUCCACAGCUUCAGGCAGGGCAGCUAGAGGGUAGGCAAGGGUCUUCCCUGCUUGUGUUUCCUGUUCCCGGGGAAGCCCCAAAAGGGUCAACCAACAGCGUGGCAAAAGGAUUUAGGGAAGGCUGUGUCUGUGCCCCUUUGUUUGUUUGAAAAGACCCGUGAAUUCGCACCGAACAAUUUUGAGGCUGGGUUAUGCAAUGGGUUCUGCAACCCAACACAUUGCAGGACAAAAGCUCUCCUGUUCUCCUCCAGAAGGCCACGACACUCGCCGCCACCUCCAUUCGCGGAUUUUCUUUGUUUUUCUUUUCUAACUAAAAUUCUGCAGUUUUCGAACCUACUCGGCCCUCAUUGGAGUAUAAUUUUGGGGGUGGAGGGAGGUGGUCCCAUUCAGGGGUUUUGUUUGUUUGUUUGUUUGUUUGUUUGCAUUUCAGCAAACCUUCUGAGCAUGCUGACACACGGACACUUGGUGGCAUCACGUUUACCUCCACAGUUCUGUUUUGGCAGUAUUUUCACCUGCAGCCACUAACUGAGUACCCGCCCUUAGAGGGAGGGUUUUCUAAAUGCCUUAGGCAAAUCCAGUACUUUGAGGUCGCAGUUCAUAGUAUCAUAGAAUUGUAGGGUUGGAAGGGACUCCAGCUGUCAUCUAGUCCAACCCUCUACAGUGCGUGAAUCACAGCUUAAGAAAUCCCAGACAGAUGGCUGUAUAAAAACUUCAGUGAAGGCAAAGCUACCACCUUCCAGUUGUUUUACCGUUCUAGGAAUAAGUGCAUAGAAGCUGCAUUAGACUGCAUGUUUUUAAAAUCUAUACUGUAUUUCUCGGUGUUGUAUAUACCUGUUCCUUUGGCCCAUCUCUCUCUCUCCCUAAGUCAGCUUUUAGCUUGUAGAUUUGCUUAGUUUUCAACCGUUUGGGGGACACCUUCCUUUUUCUUAAAAACAAAGAGACUUGUUCCUAUGGUGAACUUUUAAAAAAAUUGAAAUGAAACCCCCUUUGUCCUGCCAAAAAAGAAAAGAAGUCCAGGAUGAAUGUAAAUACUGUGACCCAUAACAGGCCCAGCUCAGAGAGGAGGUAAGGGCCCAGACCCAAUCCCAGUCUUAAAAGAUGUUGAGUGAGAAUGAAGUUGGGAUACUUGAGACUGCAGAGAGCUGCUGCCUGCCAGUGUGGACAAAACAGGUCAGACAGAACACUGGUCUGACUCUAUGUAACUUGAAGAAUCUUCCAUUCAUAGAAACAUGGAUUUGGAAAUGACCUUUGGGGUCACUUGCUUCCCCCCCUGAUCGAUGAUCUGUUUUGUAGGAUACCACAGCAGCAUCCUUAACAGAUGUCCAUUCAAUCUCAGGGGUAGGGUGUAGAUUUGAACGCAGGCUCCUUGGAAAGCCUCUGCCAGUCAGUGUAGACAAUACUGAGCUGGAUGGACCAAUGGUUUGACUCAGCAGAAAGCGGGUCCCUAUACUUCUGUGCUUGAACACAUCCAAAGAAGAGCCUGCCACCACCUGAGCCCACUGCCAAGAAUCUCUUUAAACUGCCUUAAAAAUCAAUUAUGACCAUUGGUCAAUGUAGCUCAGUGUGGUCUACCCAGUGUUUCUAACAAGGGUCUAUCCCUACCAUGCCUAGAAAUGCCAAUGUCUGCGCCUGGAACCUUCUGCACGCCAAGCAUGUGUUCUGCUGCUGAGUUUUGCAUAUAAUGUUAACUGAAUUAAAGCAACCAGGACCUUAACAGUGGGUUUUAUCUGCCCUGCGGUCAGUUUGUGACGCUAGAAAGGACUUUUAUACUUACCAGUGAACAGCACCUAGCAUGACUUAAGUCCUGAAAGUACGAGGUGCUCCCCUGUUUAUAAACUGUAGGUGAUGGUAAAUAAUGCUAACUAGCAUUUCCUUGCAGCUUCUGUGAUCGGAAGAGGAAUGGGGAUUCUUGUACACUUUGAGCGAAUCAAGGGUGUGAUUAAUUAAGCUAAUUCUGAGCCAGUGUUGUCAAAAAUAAAGCCCUUUGUACUGUGAAGUAUAAUAAAAGGAUGAAAGGAAUUAUUAAAUCAAGAAUUGGUUUUGUUUUCUUCUUGUUUUUAA